CCUCCCUGAAGCUGUAGCUGUACAUGGAGUUGUUGCUGGGAAAUAGUGCCAGUGUUGCAGUAUGGGGUGCAGGGAAGACACACAGGGAGGUAGGUCUCCUGUUGGUGUCUGAUGAGACUAGGGAUGGAUGGAGGGCAAUGGAUGACAGCUCCUAGUGACACCUGAUCACAGAUCUGAGGAACUUCCCGUUGGGGACUAUGGACAAGACUUACUGCUACUGUAAGUAACAGAUCACUUGAUUGCACCUAAUGCAGCUGUUUUAUGGCAGGACCUUGACAGCUCCCAUCCAAUGCCUGGUGCCUUGUAAUACUUGAAUCGUUCAAUAGAUCUGAUUGUUACCUGCUGCUCCACUGACAGUGCGAUCUGAUCGGGGAUCUAUCUAUGGAGAGCUGGAUAUAGACGAUCUGUCACCCCCCCACUUCCUCAGCCCAGACCCAGGGAAAGGACUUGGCACAAGGUGCAGAGGAGCCAUGAGCCUGGUCGGGGGAUUUCCUCACCACCCGGUGGUGCACCACGAUGGUUACCCUUUUGCGGCCGCCGCAGCCGCCGCCGCCGCCAGCCGCUGCCACGAAGAGAACCCCUAUUUCCACGGCUGGCUCAUCAGCCACCCCGAGAUGUCUCCCCCCGACUACAGCAUGGCACCUUCCUAUAGUCCGGAGUACGCCAAUGGCGCGGCCGGCCUGGACCACUCCCAUUACGGGGGUGUCCCGGGAAGCGGGCCCGGAGGCUUGAUGCAAAGGCCUGUGAAGCGGAGGGGGACUGCCAACCGCAAAGAGAGGCGCAGGACUCAGAGUAUAAAUAGCGCCUUCGCCGAGCUCCGGGACUGUAUUCCCAAUGUGCCCGCCGACACCAAACUCUCCAAGAUCAAAACCCUCCGACUGGCCACCAGUUACAUCGCCUACCUCAUGGACCUGCUGGCCAAAGACGAGCAGAAUGGGGAGACAGAGGCCUUCAAAGCUGAGAUCAAGAAGACUGAUGUCAAGGAGGAGAGGAGGAAGAAGGAGCUGAAUGAACUCUUGAAAAACACAGUUAGCAGCAAUGAUAAGAAAACUAAAGGGAGGACUGGCUGGCCCCAGCAUGUAUGGGCUCUGGAACUUAAACAAUGAUCCAUCCUCUGAACUGAUGCAGAAUGAAGACUUAUAUCAAAGAUACUUUCUGAAAAAAUAAACUCCUGUUAAUUUAUGUGCAAUCCCCCCUCCUCUCCCCUCCUAAAAACAAAGCACCCACCUUGUGGAUUUCUGCAGAGAAGCAUUCCAUUAUAUGAAGAAGAAUCUACAGGUUGGUAGCAGGGGCCCCUGGCUCCUGUGAUUGUUGCAGUAUUUGUCUGUUGUGUACAGAAAACACAACACAGGACGAGGACACCCGGCUUCCUGGCAUUCGUAUGUAUGUGAAGUGUACUUGACUUAUGGGAUAUGAUAAUUAAUAUAAAAAUAAAUAUACUGAUAGGAACCGCUGCCCCGGUGCUUCCUCUCGGUAUAUGGCCAGUCCCUGUGCCAGCGAGCUCUGCCACCCUGACUGCAGCGCAGUGCCAGUGCAGCGGAUCUCUGAGGCCGGGGACCGGGCAACUUACCUGCUCCUUUUAUUUGUUGUCUUGUUCAGCAUUUGAAGGUGUUUCAUCUACUUGUUUUGUUGUGCACUUCUGUCCAGAAUUGUGGAGAUUAAUUAAUAUUUGAAGGUGUAAAUCGUUGUAAGUGAUCAAUAAACCACUGAGUGUCUUUUUGUAUA